UGGGACACGGGGUCGGGAUAUUACCCCACGGGACACGGGGUCGGGUUAUUACCCCGCAGAUUUCCCCGCUGUGUGUCGUUGAACUUACGGCACCCCUUAGUCCUGCCGUUGAACCCCUAGAACUCCUUAAUAAAGAGAGGAGGGGGCGACAAGAAUAUGCUCAAGUCAGACUGCCUCCAUCUCUAUUGUCUUCGGAAAUCCCUUUAAAAUUCGACAAAAUGGUUGGAAGAUAUCUUAUUCAGAAUGCCACAGUGAUCUCAGUUGACGCUGCCAUUGGCAUUGUUCGUAACUGUGACGUCCUUAUUGAGCAUGGCAUCAUCACUGCAGUCGCUCAGAACCUCCCCACCUCUGCAGACCUCACAAUUAUCGACGCGACUGAUGCCAUCGUGUCUCCUGGGUUUGUGGAUACACACAGACAUACCUGGCAAACCCAGCUGCGAACGAUAACUUCGGACUAUGUACUAUCAGACUACGUCGUCAACAUCCGCAAUAUAUAUGGCUCCUGCUAUACUCCUCAUGACGCAUACCUAGGCAACUAUUGUGGAGCCCUAGAAUCGAUCGAUAAUGGCAUCACGUACUUGGUUGAUCAUUCUCAUAUCAUGAACUCUCCUGAUCAUGCGGAUGCAGCCGUCAAAGGUCUUCAGGACUCAAAAAUCAGGGCGGUCUUUUGCUAUGGCUUGUAUGAAAACCCCGCUUGGGAAGGCUCGAGUGUGAACAAGGAGCAGGAGAUAAAGAACCCGAAAUGGAGAUGGGAUGACGCCAGGCGCAUUAGGGAGAAGUACUUCAAGUCCAAUCAACCUACCGACCUCCUACGAUUUGGGUUUGCCCCUGCUGAAAUAGAACGGGGCACACUCGCCGAAGCCAUUGAUGAGGUUGAAUUUGGUAGAUCACUCGGAUCUGCAGUAAUUACUGGUCAUGUGGCAAUGGGAAAAUAUGAUCGUGGAGCCCAUAUCGUUCGCAAUUUCGAGCAGAGGAAUAUUCUUGGCCCAGAUCUUUUGUUUAGUCAUUGUGCAACAUUGCAUGAUGACGAACUAGAAGCUGUCAAGAAAAAUGGUGUCUCUCUAUCGAGCACUCCAGAUACGGAACUUCAAAUGGGAAUGGGUCAUCCAAUCGCCUUUAAAGCGCACAAACAUGGUUGCGUUGCAAGCAUUGGGAUCGACAUUACCUCAAAUAAUCCUGCGGACAUGUUUCAACAAAUGAGAUUACUUCUUCAAGCUCAGCGACAUUUGGACAACGAAAAACACGCCGUAAGACUUCCAAAAGUAUCACAGAGGUGCGAAGAAGUUCUUGAGAUGGCAACCAUUGGUGGCGCAGCAGCUGUGGGAUUGCAAGACGUCAUCGGUAGCAUCACUCCUGGCAAAAGAGCUGAUCUUCUCAUUACUCGCUGUGAUUCGACCAGAAUGACUCCCGUGCAUGAUCCUGUUGCAGCCUUGGUGUUGUAUGCAAAUGCUUUCGAUAUUGAUACGGUCUUCAUUGAUGGGGAGUUAGUCAAGCACAAGGGGCUGCUGACGGGAGUGGACUGGCCCAAGGUACGUCGAGAGCUUUGUGAUUCAGCCGCAUCUAUCAUGGAACGAUCAAAGAACGCUCCUACUGAGGAGAUCAACGUUGCUAUCAUGCAGAUGCUUCAAGGUUUUGCGGGCGAUGGAAAUGGGACCGACGGAGCGUGAUGCAUGUUUUCUAUUGGCCGCCUUAUACUGCUUGAUCUCGUUAAGGACGCCCCGAAGUUUGCGCAUUAACUUCAACAUUUGAGACUAAGGAGCUUGAUUUGAAAGUUGAUCCUUGAGUUUGUCAUGUAAAAAGCGUUUAUAUAACCGUUAGAUAUUAAUAAACGACUUAAUGGAUG